AUGUACCAGGUGUUAGGACCGCAAAUUAUUGCUGAUCUGGUGAAGGAUGCAGAUGCUGAUGAUCCUGAAGCGGAGGUCAUUGCCUUGUCUCCAAGGACCCUCUUGGCCACCAACCGGUUCUUGUGCGAGAUUUGCGGCAAAGGCUUUCAGAGAGACCAGAACCUCCAGCUCCACCGACGGGGGCACAACCUCCCAUGGAAGCUGAGGCAAAGAAGCACCAAAGAGCCGAGGAAAAGGGUCUACGUAUGCCCCGAGAAGAGCUGCAUCCACCACAAUCCAGCAAGAGCGCUUGGAGACCUGACCGGCAUAAAGAAGCACUUCUGCCGGAAGCAUGGCGAGAAGAAGUGGAAGUGCGAGAAAUGCUCCAAGCGUUACGCCGUGCAGUCUGACUGGAAGGCGCACUCCAAGACCUGCGGCACGAGGGAGUACCGCUGCGACUGCGGUGCCCUUUUCUCCAGGUAUAUUUUGUAUUACUACUGUUAG